UCCCAUCAACUUGUCAAAUGCCUUCCGGUAGUAAUCAGAGGGACACUCUUUACAACCCCCUACACUUCGACGCCACCCAUGUCUCUUUAACAACCUCCUCCCUGUCCUCUUCUUCAUCUCUAUCCACGCAAUCAGAUAUUCACCUCACACGAUCUUCUCCGCAUAAUCUCCCCGGCACAGGCCCAUCUAUGACACCGUCUCCUUGAUACGCAUCCCACCCUCGAGGGGGAUAUUUCCGCCUAUACCUCACUUACUCAAGCAAUCUAGUCCACGGUGUUACUGAAGUCAUGUCUGACUCUGUCGAUCGCGUGUUUGUGCAUGCUCUAGCGACCGUCCGCCGGCUGCCACGAACAGGAUCGUCGAGGCCUCCACCCUCGGCGCGCCUUCAACUCUAUGGACUCUACAAACAGUCCAUGGAGGGGGACGUCGAGUCGAUUCUUCCUCGUCCCACCUUACCCACCGUAUCGCCAGACCCCAACAAUUCGAGGUCGAAUAACGUCCAUCGCUAUGCUUCGCGCGAUCUACGCAUCCGAGAAGCUGAGGCCGAGAUCGAGAAAUGGGAUGCAUGGCACAGCUGUGCAGGGAUGUCCCGGACAGAAGCCAAGAGACGCUACAUCAGCACAUUAAUUGAGACGAUGAAGGAAUAUGCAAGCGGAACGCAGGAGGCACGUGAGCUUGUGGCCGAACUUGAGUUCGUAUGGAACCAGAUAAAGAGCCAAACCGGGAGUUCGGAGGACGAGGACGCCGACUCGCCCACGCGACGACUGGAAAGGGCUGGCCUCAAACAGACCCAAAGCUUUGGCAGUGAACCCCCAAGUCAGGGUAGUAGAUCUGGUCGACCAAGCCAAGCCCUCGGGCGAUUACAGUCCGAUCCGAAUCACCUGCGAGUCUUGUCGCCGGUGUCACAGGGUGAUAGUGAUGGGGUUGUGGAAGGCGAAGAGAUUGAUCCCGAGACAGGUGCGCUUGUUGGGCCCGUCAGAUCAGAACAGUCACCUGUUCCUGCGUCUGAAUGGAGAAAAAGUAUCGAGGAACAUCUGAGGCAUUUGUCAACCGAGGUGGCCGCAUUGCGCGAACAGUUAUCAGCAAACCAUUUACUUUCGUCCCAGUCCUUUUCUCCGUCUCUAACCUCCAGACGACGGAGAAUCUUCUACAGAGUCUCUGCCUGGGCCAAAUGGUUGACCUGGGUUUUGGUGAGACAAUUGAUCUUGGAUGCAGGACUAGUGCUAGCCUUCAUCCUAUGGGCUCGAUGGAAGGGGUAUAAGGAACGCAGAGUCGAAGAUUGGGCAAGACGACGGUGGAACGAGCUUCGUAGAGGGUUCGCAAUCCUUGACACAUGGCUCAAAAGAACAUUUCCCCUGCCGACAAACCGAAUACCAGGAAUUUCCAAGGGCUAAGAAUGUCUCGGGUGCCACGAACUCUUUUGCGAAUUGUUAUGUGGUCAUACACUUCGCCCCAGGACCGACAAAGAUGUAAGCGCCAUCAAUCAGGGUCAUGGCAUGCACAAUCAUCAUUUAGCGAGUCACGGCCAGUACAUGGUCAAGGCCGUCCGUCUCACGCGGGGGUCCCGUAUCACAGCUGCCGUAUUGACUGAAAGUCGACGACUGGUGCAACAGAGCCAGAGCUUGAUUCCAGCUCCGAGACAUAUCUCAAAACUUCAGCAUGGCUAUAUUUUCAUACUUUACACAACCUUGAUCUGGACUACCUUCUCAGCCAUGCGAUGUGACAGUUAAUUCUGUUUCUCAACAAAAGUACCGAUGUUGGUCUUCGACGUCGACCCCAAGAAGAUCAAUGGACUCAAAUACGAUGAUAUGAGUGUUCGCAUUGCGAUGGAUUUCUUUGUUCUGGAUCUAGUACCUUACGACAAAAAGGUCUCAAUCUCGGGAUACAUUUUUCGUUUUUGUUUUUGUCCUCGUUUUUGUCCUUGUAUAGCAUAGAUAUGCAGAUGUCAGUAUUGAGCUGAUCCGAGAUGAGUUUGGCCUAGCUGAGAAAAAGAAGCCACCAGACAUUUUUAAUUGCCAUGUUGGUUGGAUAUGGAUAGAUGAUCAUGACGACGAAC